CGCACCUGCGGCCGGGAGCCGCUAGCCCGCAGCAGCCGCCCGGAGCGCUCCGCGGACCCGGGUCCCGGAGCUGGGCUGCUAGAUCCUCUCCCAUCCAGAACACACAGAUGCUUUGUUGUUGAGUAUCUCAUGAGGGCCCUUCUUCAAGAGCAGGUGAGAGCGUGACUUGCCUGUAAGCCAUGACGGUGAUGCCUGUGCAGAUGGGGGGCCUGGCCCUGUCGGUGCUGGGCUGGCUGGGCACCAUCCUGACCUGUGCGCUGCCCAUGUGGAAGGUGACGGCCUUCAUUGGCUCCAACAUCAUCGUGGCCCAGGUGUUCUGGGAGGGGCUGUGGAUGAACUGUGUGUACGAGAGCACAGGCCAAAUGCAGUGCAAGGUCUACGACUCGCUGCUGGACCUCUCCUCAGACCUCCAGGCAGCCCGAGCCCUAGUUGUGGUCUCCAUUGUGGUGUCCUUCCUUGCCCUCCUUAUUGCCAUCUUUGGGGCUGAGUGCACCAGGUGCGUCGAUGACAAGGGAGCCAAGGCCAAGAUCUCCAUCACCGCUGGGGCUGUUUUCAUUCUGGCCGGGAUUGGGCUGCUCAUCCCUGUGUCCUGGUCAGCCAACACCAUCAUCAGCAACUUCUACAAUCCCAUGGUUCCAGAGGCUUUAAAGAGGGAGUUGGGGGCUUCCCUCUAUGUGGGCUGGGCCUCAAGUGCCCUCUUGGUGUUUGGGGGGGCCACCCUGUGCUGCUCCUGCCCCCCCAGCCAAGAUGCGCCAUACCCCAUGAAGUACAAAGCAGUGAAGCACUCCAGCCUGGGGAGCUAUGCCCUUAAGAACUAUGUGUGAGGAGCCCUGCCUUGCCCUCCCUGGAGACCCCUCUCUCGCCCCAUCCCAGCCCACGUGCUUGCAGGGGCCCCUUCACAGCCAUCCAAACAGAUGUUGGCUUCAAGCCGAAGUGUGUGAAAUUUGCAGGGGUUCCUCUCCGUGUCUGGUCCUGCCCCACAUGUAUCCUUCCACCUCCAUCUCACCCCACCUGUCGCACUUCCUCACACGUUUCCCUGCCUGCAUCCCACCCUACCCAUCCCACCUCCUGAUGUGUAUCCCCCCUGCAUCCCACCCCACCUCCCCAUGCGUUUCCCUGCCUGCAGCCUAUCCUACCCCACUAUGUGUAUCCCCUCCUGUAUCCCACCUCCUCGGGUAUCUCCCCCGCCUGCAUCCCACUCAACCUGUCUCACCUCCCCAUGUUCCCCCCCACUGCAUCCCAUCCAUCCCACCC